AUGUGCGUGGAGGCUCCAGAGGCUGUUUGCUACUCAGCCCCUGGCAGCUCAACCUGUCUCCACCUAAGGCUUUCUGUUAUUUAUUUCAAAAUAGAGGAGUCUACACACUGUGGAGCUCGAGAUGGUCCUGAGUGGGGUGCUGUGCUUCCGCAAGGACCUGACACCCUGAUCACGGAAAUGUGCUCUCUCCCCAUGGCAAGAUACUACAUAAUUAAGGAUGUGGAUCAGAAGGUGCUCUACGUGAGAGAUGGCCAGGUCCUGGUGGGAGACUCGGAUGCAGAGAACUGUUGUGCCGAGAAGAUCUGCAUACUUCCCAACAGAGCCCUGGACCGCACCAAGGUCCCCAUCCUUCUGGGCAUCCAUGGUGGGAGUCGCUGUCUGGCAUGUGUGGAGACAGAAGAGGGGCCUUCCCUGCAGCUGGAGGCCGUGAACAUCGAGGACCUGUACAAGGGCGGUGAAGGGGCCACACGCUUCACCUUUUUCCAGAGCAGCCUUGGCUCCGCCUUCAGGCUUGAGGCUGCUGCCUGGCCUGGCUGGUUUCUCUGUGGCCCUGCCGAGUCCCGACAGCCAGUACGACUAGCCAAGGAGAGUGAUUCCUCGGCCCGCACUGAAUUCUACUUUGAACAAAGUCGGUAGGGAGGCAGAAGGUUGAGUGCCUGCCUGGUGCCUCCAAAUCAAGCUCACCCUGCUGGAAACCUGUGGGAGGCAGAAUAAUGGGCCCCAAAGAUGUCCAUGUUCUAAUCCCUGGAGAGUGUAAAUAUGAGGCCUUACAUGGCAAAAAGGACUUUGUAGAUGUGAUUAAAUUAAAGACCUUUCAAUGGGGAGAUUAUCCUAGAUUAUUGGGUGGGCCAUAUGAUCAUAAAUAUCUUUAUAAAAGGGAGGCAGGAGGGUCAGAGAGAGAUUGGAAGAUGCUGCUGGCUUUGAAGAUGGAGGAAGGGGCCAUGAACCAGUGAAUGCAGGUGGAUUCUAGAGCCUGAAAAGGCAAGGGAGUGUGUUCUCUAGAGCUUCCAGAAGGAACACAACAGCCCUGAUGCCACUUUGAUCUCAGCCCAGUGAAACUCAUGUCAGGCUUCUGACCUCCAGAACUAUAAGAUAAUAAAUUUGUGUUGUUUUAAGUCACAAAUUUGUGGUAAUUUGUAAUGGCAGCAAUAGGAAACUAGUACAGGCCUCAGUCCAGCACUCUGAGCAGUGUCUAAUGCAAGGGGUGUGGGCGACUUGGUGAGUUCUUCUUGGAAGGCUGGCCACAGCUUCACCUACAUCUGUCUGCUCCAGAGCCUCUAUAAACACCUGGAGAACCCAUCUUUCCUCCUCUGUCAGCAGACUAUGCCCUGGGCUGACUACAGUUUUAGUUCUAGUUCAAGUCUUUUGAUUUUUCUAUUGGUUACUUCACAAUGAAUGGGUCAUUCAACUGACUGAUCAGCACCAUCAGCUGUCUGCUGAUUUUGAUGUGUGAGAAGCCAGCAGGAGGAGUGAGGGAGAGGAAAAUGAGUUUGUCCUGGAUGUGUUGAGUUUGAGGUUCUGGUGGAAACUCUGAGUUCAGGUGACUUCUUACAGCUAGAAGUACAGGGCUGGAACUCAGCGGAAAGUUUGUGGUUGGAACUAACACUCAUUCUCAGAGCCCAAAGCCAAUCCCUCUACAUGUUGUAGAGAAUCUGUGGUCAGGGCUCAUGCUAGAGCAACCCAUGGUAUUGUUGCUCAGAGCAGGGCUGGGCUGCUGACCAUCUUCCUCUUUAGUACAGCCACUCAGCACCCACCCAACAGGUACUGAGUCCAACCAUGGGCCAGGACUUUUUAGAGCAGUAUGUCUUCAUCUUCAGAACGACCCUGCAAGGCCAGCAUUCUUACCCACACUUGACAAAUGAAACUGGAGCUAGGUGAAGUGAAAUAACUUGCUGAAGUUCACACAGGCUGUAAAUAUCAGAGCUCAAGAUAAAAACUGGCUCUUCUGACUUCAAUACCAUUCCACACAUUUUUUAUUCCAUUCUUACUCUAGAAGCUGGGGAUAGAAUGGUGAAUAAAACCAAGUUUCUUCGGAGCUGAUAAAUGAUUGAGGAAACAUUAACUGAACAAAUAAACAAGAAAACAUGUAAGGGCAAGGUGAUAGAGGCUGGGGUAGUAGGUAUUCAAUGGUAACAUUCUGCAGGGUGGUCAGAAAACAAAGCCAGUUUGAUCCAAACUCAUGGUGGCUCAACGGGUGUCAGAAUAGAACAGCGCUCCACAGGGUUUUCAAUGUCUGUGAUCUUUCAGAAGCAGAUCGCCAGGACUUUCUUCCAAAGUACCUCCACAUGGAAUCCUAAGGGAGGAUUUUAAGCAGAGGAGUGCCAUGAUAGGCUUUAUGGCUUUAGUCAGUGUAUUCUCUUUCCUCAAGCUGCCUGUCUGUGGCCUGUGUGUGCCCCUGGCAAUGUAACUCUAUGUUUAUAUGUUGGGACUCUGUGCUUUUUGAUCACAUCUUUUGUUCAAUUUUUUUGUCACCAGUACAUCUGCCCAGAGCAGCUCCUGGGACACAGAAAGUGCUGAUGGAGCACAAAAUCCUGAACAUGUUUGUGGACAACCACUUGGGUCUUUUGGACGCUGAUGAUCCAGUAUGAGGGGCAGUGCAGUAGCAGCAUGGACAGACACCAUGGCAGCCCAGAGGUGGGAGCCGGUGGAGAGGGUUCCACAAAGGAAAGAUCAUUUAACCUGAACCUCAGAGGAAAAGUAGUAGCUUUCCAGGCAGGGAAGGUGAGCAUUCUGGGCAGCAAGAACAGCUCAUAAAGGCUGGAAGGAGAAGAACUGGGGUGAUGAGUCACCAGGUGUGGCUGAGACCCAGGACUUGCCGAAAAUUAAGGUGGGAAGGUGGGUGGGGCCAUCACCCAAGUAUUUGAAGGAGGACCCAGAUGUUAAGCCUGGAUCCAUGUGAUCAACACUGGAUUAACCCAGAUGGCUACUAGGGCCUGAGCUCAUCUUUUUUCUUCCUUGCUCCCCCUCUCAUUUCCCAGGCCUUCUGUUGGGCACUUUCCUGGCCUCAGCUUCUGUGCUCUGGUUCACCUGUAGGCCUGAUAUCUGCUUGUCCUUCCACCGCCGGCCCACUUCUUCUUCCAAGGAAGCUCACCUUUGACUGGCUUUAAACCCUUCUCUGGUGUACUGUGCCCACAACCUCUGAGGCAUACCCAGGCCUCCUCUCACUCGUGGGCCCUGCUUCAAUUUGAAUCAAGUUCUCUAUUUAAGUAAAAAACAUUUUGAGCAUCUAGUAUAUGCCAUUUUUGUAUUAGAUGCUUGGGGGAAGAAGAGGACAGAAGUGACUUAAAAGACAUGGUCUCCACCUUCCAGGACACAGAGUGUGGGUGGGUGUCAUGGAUUGAAUUAUGUCCCCCCAAAAAUGUGUGUAUCAACUUGGUUAGGCCAUGAUUCCCAGUACUGUGUGGUUGUCCUCCAUUUUGUGAUUGUAAUUUUAUGUUGAGAGGAUUAGGGUGGGAUUGUAACACCACCCUUACUCUGGUCACCCCCAUGAUCCAAGGUAAAGGGAGUUUCCCUGGGGUGUGGCCUUCACCACCUUUUAUGUCUCAAGAGAUAAAAGGAAAGGGAAGCAAGCAGAGAGUUGGGGACUUCACACCACCAAGAAAGCAGCACCAGGAGCAAAGCAUGUUCUUCGGACCCAGGAUCCCUGGGCCUGAGAAGCUCCUCGACUAGGGGGAAAUUGAUGACAAGAGCCUCCCCCCAGAGCCGACAGAGAGAGAAAGCCUUCUCCUAGAGCCAAAAUCCUGAAUUUGGACUUGUAAGCUACUACACUGUGGGAAAAUAAAUUUCUUUUUUGUUAAAGACAUCCACCUGUGGUAUUUUUGUCAUGGCAGCACUAGAUGAUUAAGACAGUGGGGGACUAUGUGUGUAUGAAGAGAAACUAACAUUUAUUGACUACUUUCUAUGGAACAAUCAGAAGAGACUCCAGACAGCACUGAAGGAGCCUUAGAUUUAAAUUCUGAAAGACUCUGGUAGAAAUAACAAUGGGAUGUUCUGGCACUGGGAAUUUUAAGACAUGGAAGCUGCCUCUGAGGGUACGGUGGGGAUGGCAGGAAUAUUCUUGCAUAUGCCAAGCCUUGUCUAUUAUAUCCCUUCUUCUCCUUGGCAACACACUGAAGGCUUCAUUCCACAAUGAGCCAAUCAAGGCUAUUUUUAUGUAAAUACUCCGGAGAAGCAUCCUUCAGGUCUUCUACACUAUUUAGAUCUCAGAGUGAACAGGAAGGUCCAGAGACAGAGACUAGUAAAGAGGCUAUUGGAACACACUGGGAUGACUGCUCAAUCUGGCAGCACCGGGGAGUCCGGGUGGUGGGAUGGGCAGGUGACCCCAUCCAAGGGGGUCAGGAAAGGGUUGAGGGGAAGCAGGCAUGCAUGGGGCUAGCUAGGUGAGGGGCAGGUGAGAAUGUUCAAGGCAGAGGGGCCAGCUGCACAAAGGCCUGAAGGAAAUCCUGAGAGUGGCUGAGUGUUUGUGUUCACGUGCAUGUGUCUUCAUGCAUGUGUGUGUGUGUGCAUGUUCAUGUGCACGUGUGAGCAUGUGGUCGUGUGCGCACGUGAAUUCCAUGAGCGUGUUUGCGUGUGUGCUGUGUGUGUCCACAGAGGCUCUAGACCUAGGCAGGUGUCGAUUCAUGAAGGGCCUGGCCUAUUCCAAGAAGCUCUGGAAAAAUGUUAAACAAAAUGGUAGGUGAUGUGUUUAGGUUCUCCUGUAACCCAUAUUUUGUAAGUCACUUCAGCUAGGAUUCAGACGCAAAGUCCCCUCCCUUUUAACCCAAAUUAUCAUCUCAUGAUUCCAUGCCCACCCAUUACAAUAGCUCCAUAACAAUUGCUCAGAAUGUCAUACACAAAACUCUGCAGGACGAACAACACACAGCAAGCCUAUGGGAGUCUAAACCCAGAUUUAGGGAAUAAAAAAUAAAAGUGAAGAAAACUCUGAUGGAAAAUCAAUUUUCCUGGAUCUUAUUCUGCUAAAAUAUACAACUAUCUCAUAAAUGAACACAACAGAAACGGGUAUAAUCAACCUAAGCUGAAAAGUUACCAUCUUGAAUGGAAGCACUAGGACUGGAGUUAUUUGACUCUAUUUUUGGCUGGAUUUUACAUUUGCAUAACUAUAAGGGUUCCUCUAGUGAUUCUAUCAAAAUAAAAAGCCUAUCUAUUCCCUAAGUAGCAAAAACUGUUAACUAACCAUAGGUUGACAGUUUAAAUCCAACCAGUUUAGGCAAAGUGGAAGAAAGACAUGGCUAUCUGCUUCUGUAAAGAUUACAGCAAAGAAAACCCUAUGGAACAGUUCCAGCCUAUACCACAUGGUAUUACCAUGAGUCAGAAUUGACUUGGUGGCAAUGGGUUUGGUUUUUUGGUAUCUAUCCCCAAAGCAGGAAACCCUGGUGGCAUAGUGGUUAAGUGCUAUUGCUGCAAAUGAAAAAAGGUCAGCAGUUCAAAUCCACCAGGGACUCCUUGGAAACUCUAUGGGGCAGUUCUACUCUGACCUAUAGGAUCACUAUGAGUCAGAAUCGACUCAACGGCAAUGAGUUUGGUUUUGUUUUUAUCCCCAAAGCAAAUCCCAAUCUCUGUCCUUAAAGGUGCAAACUCCAAGCCAUCCAGGGACAGGAUGCCCUGAGCCCACUUCUGAGGCUGAGAGCCAGCAGUGCAGCCUUUGGGCUCCAGGUGGCGACAGAGAUCAAUGUUGGCGCUGCAUUUUUGGGGCCGGAGCUGCGUUGAGCAAUUAAAUGUAAUUCCUCAAGAACUUAAUAUCUACCGUGUGUCAGCCUCUGUGCCAUGAAUCUCUGCUUCACAACACGUACAUAGUCCUCAGUGUGUGAGAGCAGAUGGGGUCAUGUGAAGACUUUGAAGCUCUGUGUACUCCUUCCUUCUUAUGAUAGUUUCUCAGCACCCCUUGACAAGAGGGACACAGCCCCUGCUGUCCAGGAGCUUAAAGCAUAGGAAGAAGGUAAAUAUUAAACACGUACUCACUUUUCGUGCUUGUAUGUAGAGGAGCAAAGCACAUGUGCCUGAACCCUUCUCUCUGUGCCCCACUUCUGCUCUUCCAUAUAAAAUAGCAAUCUGCAAUGAGGCAGUGACUCAUUCUUUCACACACUUGUCCCCUCCGGCUCCACUGGGACACCAUAGCCCAGGCUCUGGUCAUGGAGUGGGAGUGACAAAGGGGCCUGGAUGCCUGGAGUUCUAGCAAAGGCUGUUGUGCACUGGAAUAUGUCACAAGAUAUGUUCUAAAGGCUGGUAGCCAUAACCCGUUGCUGUCCAGUCGGGACCCUAGUGGACAGAGUACAGGAAAUACAGAAAUGAGCAGGCAAUUAUUGGCGCUCCGUAGGAAGAGGGGUACCAAUCAUGGGCAGACUCUGUCUGAUGUUCUUCAUCCUGCUCAGUGGUUCAAAUGCUAACUGGGAAACUUAGGGAAAGGGUCAGCCCUUGGAAGGACUUCCGGGGGAAGCGAAGCACAACUAGAGCCCUAGUCUCUGGGAGACAGGCUGAGGAAAGCAAGGGCAGGGGCUUAAGGCAGGUCACUAAUGCUGGAAGCGUGCAGAUUCAAGAAUUUGGAGAAAGAACAUCAGAAAGCAAAGGGUCUGAGGUAAUGGGUUCUGAACUGGAGAAAUCCCUUCUACUUGAGAACUGGCAAUAUUAUUAUGAUAAAAAGGACUUACGCUGGUUUUCUGAUGUUUCCAUACUCUCUUUCUUCUACCCUCCCUCCCUUCCACAUAUGUUUACUGAAUCCUACUUUAGAUUCGGAAACCCUGGUGGCGUACUGGUUAAGUGUUACGGCUGCUAACCAAAGGGUCAGCACUUCUAAUCCACCAGGCGCUCCUUGGAAACUCUAUGGGGUCAGUUCUACUCUGUCCUAUAGGGUCGCUAUGUGUCGGAACUGACUUGACGGCACUGGGUUUUCUGGGUUUGGGACUUUAGAUUCUGUUCUAGGAGCUAUGCAUAAGGUUUGACUUCCCAGUCUUCUCAAGUUCAAGAACUGUCCCUCAUACUUCCUUUGUGCCUCCAAAGCUCCGAGUUCAAGGUUAAACACACAGUGAGAGUUUAAUCAAUGACUUUGAAUGCUUCUGAACUACAGAUGCAACAUGAAGGGAAGACCAAAGAGCAUUUUCAUAGGUAUUCCCAAGAGUAGCCUGAUUCUCAUCCAAGAAUGUCUCCACCACCUACCCCUUCACAUUGCACAAAUCUAGAGGUGUCCUUCACAUGGUAGACAGUAUAUAUUUGCUUGCCGUAUUAUUUUCCUAGGGCUGCUGAAACAAAUUACCACAAACUGGGUAGUUUGAUAUGGCAGAAAUCAAUUAUCUCAUAGUUCUGGAUGCUAGGCGUCUGAAUUCAGAGUGUCAGCAGGGCCAUGAUUCCGCUGAAGUCUUGAGGUGAAUGUCUUUACUGUCUAUUUCAGCUUCUGGUAGUCCUAAGCGUCCCUUAGCUUGUGGCAGCAUAACUCCGCUUUCUGCCUUUGUUCCCCACGGCCUUCUUCCCUUUGUGUUUAUCUCUUCUCCUCUUUGUACGAAGUCAUCGGCCAUAUUGGAUUAGGCCCCGCCUUGCUCCACUGUGAUUUUAUGUUCACUGAUUACAUCUACAAUGACUCUAUUCCAAAUAAGGCCACAUUCACAGGUUCUGGGGGUUAGGAUUUCAACAUAUCUUUUUGGGGGAACACAGUUCAACCCAUAACACAUUUACUAUAUUGAAUAAUAACUUUCCCUCAGAGCACUGGGGGUUCUUCAAUUCUGUGGCAACUUAUAUCAGGAUCGGUUGAAAUGCUUGUGAAAAACGAAGGUUCCUUCGUCCCCACCCCAAACUGUCAAAGUUGUUGGGCUGAGACUAGGAACCUGCAUCUCUAGGAAGCCUCCAUUGUUCCUGGGUGGCAAAAAAGGUUAAGUGCUGGGCUAAUAACUGAGGCACCUCAGAAGAAAGGUCUAACAAUCUGCUUCUGAAAGGUCACAGCCAUGUAAACCCUAUGGAGCACAAUUCUACUUUGACACAUAUAGGGUUAUGAUGAGUCGAAAUCAAUUUGACAGCAACAGGUUUUUCUCUUUUGGUUUGUUUAGGAAGCCGUCAGGUGAUUCUUGAAAAGAUUGGAGUUUGAAGUUGCUCAACUAUGUGAAUGUCAAUUCUUCUGUGACCAUUUCGGCCAUUAAUGCUGAAUAGAUUUCUCUUUACCACCACCAGCUUUAAGAUGUGCUUGUCACAUCUGUCCCUAGGUGGUACCAACAGUUAACACACUUGGCUGCUAACUGGAAGGAUGGAGGUCUGAGUCGACCCAGAGAUACCUUGGAAGAAAGGCCGGGUGAUCUACUUUUGAAAAAUCAGCCAUUGAAAACUCAGUGUAGCACAGUGGUAGUCUGACACACACGGGGUCACCAUGAAUUGUGAUCCAUUCACUGGCAACUGGUUAUUGGUCACAUGGUUGAAAAUGUUAUAAAUCAUGAGUCACUCCCACAGAAGUUGGAUCCUGAUCAGGGGAUAUGACGCUGUGAAUAUGUGUGUUUCCAUGACAAAAAAAAAAAAAAGGGAAAAACUAAAACAGGAAGUUGAGAAUCAAAACAUAACUCCCCUAUACAGAACCGUGUGCCACAAAUGUGACCCAACAUGUCAUUCUUUGCUUGGACUCGUUAGUCAUAGAAGAUCAUGGAAAAUUAUCCUCAUUGUGAGAGGCUGCUCAUCACUCAUUACUUCCCAACACACCGUGUGAGAGAUGAAAAGUGGUUGACCUGACAUGGAAAUGCAGGGAGGUAGGUUCUGAGAAUUCACACCCCCUCCUGACACAGGAGACUGGAAAACUGAAGUUCUGAUUCCACUAGGGGCAGGAGAGGUCCUGGGUGGCACAAAUGGUUUGCAUUUGCCUACUAACCUAAAUGUUGGUGGUUCGAACCCACCCAGGGACACUAUAGAAGUAAGGCUUGGUGAUUUGCUUUUGUAAGGAUUACAGCCUAGGAAGCCAUAUGAAACACAAUUUUACUUUGUAACACAUGGGGUUGCCAUGAGUUGGAAUUGACUUGAUGACAACGGUUUCUUUUUUUUUUGGUUAGGGCCAGGAGGUGUUUUGCUCAGGGCUGGCUAGUGUGUGUCGGGGAAGAGGUGGAGCAGAAACUUGGGGAAGAGUUCAAGGUUGAUGCUGCCUCUUUUUCCAUUCUAGAGGGUGAGUUCCUCUCCCUACUGCUGUAUUCUUGGGUAAAGCUCUGUUCUGGGUAAAGCUGUGUUCUGGGUAAAGCUGUGUUCUGCCUUGUAGAUGGCACUUCUUAGGCCUAGCCAAUCACUUGACAAGAGUGGGAGCUCUUCCUCUGAGGGGGUCCUCACAAGACAAUAUGGGUGCAGCCCAUUCACUUCAAAUACCAUGCUGGCAGUAGGUGGAAGCUUGCCCUUUUAUCAACGUUCUCAUUGUAUGGCACCAGACCUUAGGGAGAGACUUUAACAGUUUUAUUUCUGUAUGUUCAGAAUGAGUAUGAAGCUGUCAGAGCUACCUCGUAUGGAGAUGCAAGUUUUACACUAUGCAACUCCUGGGGGAACCACCUUCACUCUGACACCAUAGACUUGAAUAUUUGUUAUGGCAAUAUUAUGGCAGUUGGUAGUAAAGUGUAUUAUACUAAAAUAGCCAAUAUUUCCAAUGACUUUCUAACUGAUGGGAAUAAAAUCAGGAAAGGAAGCCCUGUGCUAAUUCACUAUGUGGAACAACAAAUGGUGGGAGCAAAGAGUACAAGAAAAGGGAGCAAAGCAAGAGAUGCGGCUGUAGAGGAAAAUGGACUGGUCUUUAACAGAAUGGCCACAAGAAGUCACCAUGCAGGAUUUCAAGCAAGGGAGUGAUGGGAUCAGUUUUCCCUCCUGUAAUAGUUGCUUCUGCUUGCUGGUUGGAGAAUGGAUUGCUGGCAUGGCCUCUCAAGUGGUUUCCUAGCUCCAGUGUUGCUCGCCUCCAAGCCAGUUGAGAGAUGGUGAGCAUUUAACAGUUGUAGCAGGGGAUUUGAGAGGAAUAAAUGGGUUGAAGGCAUACUAAGGAGAUACAGUUGAUAGAUUUUGGUGAUUUAUUAUAUGCAGGGUGAAGGAGAAAUCAUUGAGGCUGAUACCCGUGUUUCUAGUUUUGGUUUCUGUUGAUGGAUAUUUCUGUUGAUAGAUGAUGAUUUCAUCGCUGGAUGGUGAUUUCAUUCACUGAAAUAAGAAAUAAUGGGCAACAAGGUGACAGUUUUGGGGCAAAGAUGAUGAGCUCAACUUUUCAAAUAUGUUGAGUUUUGAGGUGUGUAUAAACACCCAGUAGGGGCUUUCAGUGAGCAGUAACGUAUGCACACCUGGAGUUCAGGAGAGAAAUUUGGAAUGCAGAUAUACAUUUUGUAGUUGUCAGUGUAAAGAGGGGCCAGUCUCUUGAGAAGGACAUCAUGCUGGUAAGGUAGAAGGCCAGUGAAAAAGAGGAAGACCCUCAAGGAGAUGGUUGGAUGUAGUGGCUGCAACAAUGGGCUCAAACAUAGCAAGGAUUGUGAGGAUGGUGCAGGACCAGGUAGCAUUUCAUUCUGUUGUGCAUAGGUUGCUAUGAGUAAGAACUGACUCAACAGAGCCUAACAACAACAAUAAGAGUAUAAAGAAGAUAUUUGAACUUAACGCCCAUUGUGGUCAAGUCACUUCUGAUUCAUAUCAGGAAGACAGAAUAGUUUAAAAGAGAAGACGGCCUAGGAUAGGGAGAUAUUUGAGAGGCAGGUAAGGGUGAAGAGCCUCCAAUGGAGUCAGAAAGAGAGGCCUUAAAAGGCAGAAGGAAAACCAGGAGACAUGGGGUCAUGGGAGUUUACAGGAGAGCAAGUUUCAAAGCAAGAGUCAGUGCCAAAUGCUAAUAAUAGAUUGUCUGAUAAAGUUUAUAGUGUCUAUUGCAUCUAGGAACUAAGGGACCCUGUACCACUUUUUAGGAGAAUGGUUGGUCAAAAAUCAAAAUGACAGGUCUUAAGCAAUGAGUGGAAUCUGAGAACAUGGAGACAGUGAUUACAGAAAAUUCUUGCAAUAAAUUUGGCUGUGAAAGGAAGGAGAGAUGGGUGUAGCUAGACAGACAGAUGAGGCUAAGGGCAGAAUUUUUUUUUUUUUUUUUAACAUACGACAGGUUAAGCAAAUGUAAAAGCUGAUAGGAAGGAACCAGUGGAGGAUAAAAGGUUGGAAAAGACAGUGAGGAUGCAGUAUGAGCUAGUGGUUAAGUGCAUGGGCUCUGGAGUAAAUCUGUCAGAAUUCAAAUUUCUACUCUGCUACUUUUCAUCUGAGUUAAUUGCAUGAAAUACAUUCUCAAAUUACUUUUUAAAUUGUAAGUAGCAGAGUCAUGUGCUUUUUCUGGCACAUCUAGGAGAAUAGAAAAGUGCCAAUGACUUUCUUCUGAUUUAACAGAGAAAUAAGUAUUUAUACUGUUCAAGAACACAAAAAUUUUUUUUCCCAUGUUAUUUCCAGGGCAAUUUUUUCAUUUAUUUACUGGUGUACAAUAAACCACCCCAAAACUUAGUGACUUCAACUGGACUACACUAAAAGCAAAGAAGUUUCCUGAAUAAACCAAAUGCUUCAAAGGCCAGAGUAGCAAGGGUGGGGGUUUGGGGACCAUGGUUUCAGGGGACAUCUAAGUCAAUUGGCAUAAUAAAAACUAUUAAGAAAACAUUCUGCAUCCCACUGUUGAGAGUGGCGUCUGGGGUCUUAAACGCUAGCAAGUGGCCAUCUAAGAUGCAGCAAUUGGUAUCAACCCACAUGGAGCAAAGGAGAAUGAAGAACACCAAAGAUACAAGGUAAGUAUGAGUCGAAGAGUCAGAAUGGGCCAUAUAAAUCAAAGACUGCAUCAGCCUGAGACCAGAAGAACUAGAUGGUGCCCAGCCACAAUCAAUGACUGCCAUGACAGGGAGCACAACAGAGAAUCCCUGAAGGAGCAGUAGAGCAGAGGGAUGCAGACCCCAAAUUCUAGUAAAAAAACCAGAUUUAAUGGUCUGACAGAGACCAGAGGAACCCUGGAGGUCAUGGUCCCCAGACUUUCUGUUAACCCAAGAUAGGAACCAUUCUUGAAGCCAACUCGUCAGGGAUUGGACUGGACUAGAAGACAGAAAAUGAUGCUGGUGAGGAGUGGGGUUCUUGGAUCAAGUAGACACAUGAGACUAUUUGGGCAGCUCCUGUCUGGAGGGGAGAUGUGAAGACCGAGGGGGAUAGAAGCUGGCUGAACGGACACGAAACAAGGGGUACAGGGAAGGAAUGUGCUGUCUCAUUAGGGGGAGAGCAACUAGGAGUAUAUAGCAAGAUGUAUAAAAGGUUCUGUAUGAGAGACUGACUUGAUUUGUAAACUUUCACUUAAAGCACAAUAAAAAUAAAAAAAAAAUUGACAAAAAAAGAGACAAUAUUUAUUAUUCUUGAGAAUCUGUAAUUAGGCAGGGCUAGGUGGGGGCAUCUUGACUCUGUUCUACCCCAGACCAGCCCAGGUGGCUCAGAGGCUGAUGGCUCCCUCAU